CAGUUAUAACCAUUGGCGGUUUGCUGACACUUGUCGUUCGAUCCCGUAACGGCARCAACUAUAAUAUCAGUAGUUAAUUAAAAUAUUAUUGUUUAUGACGUAUAAACCUGAAUAAUAAUUGUGUUUUAAUAAUAAUAUUCACCCGAAGAGAAAAAAAUCACAAAUAUGAAAUUAACUGCUUCGAUAUCGUUAUGUUUCAUCGCCCUGUUUGGRUCAAAUACUCAAUCUAAUGUAACAUAUAUUUCUGUUUCCGGUACAAACACACACGUUUCACAUAUUCUGAUAUUCAUAUUAUUAUCAUAUAAUGUAGACGGAGAAGAUAUUGUACGAGUGGCUCGAGGAUGCGUUUAUAACAAAGCAGACUUGUGCAGGGGAAUGCAAAGACUUGACGACGAGCUGAAAACACUCAAAUACUGUGGUUCGUGCGACGACGACGGAUGUAACGGUUCUAUGUCGUUAAAGUCUUCCGCGGUCGCUAUAAUUCUGACCACGGUGGCCACGUGUCUGUUUUACCAGUUACAGCACUAAUACUGUAAUAGAAACCCAAACGCAAUACUGUUUUCACAAAGUUGAAAAGUGUACCUGAAACUAUGUUCUGUAAUUGUUCCGAACUUAUUAUAAAUUUAUUAUAAUACAUGCGCAUAUAUACUUGUUUAAAUGUUUUCUCUACUUUUUACGCGUUGUAUUAGUGUUCUUAAGAAUAUGUUUACAUAUAUUAUUUCAACGUAACACAAUAUAUUAUUAUAGUUAUUGAGUGUUUUUGUAUUUUACGUAAAAUGUAGGUAAAUUAUUUAUGUUGGUACAAGAUUUCAUUUUCUUCAAUUGUUUAUACACUUAAUAAUAUAUUAAAUUAUAAAUAGUUUUAUAAGUUUAAGUAGCAUAACAUUGUAUACCUUCUUGUUAGAUUUGCUUAAUAUGUGUGUAAGUGGUGUAUACUGACGAUAUUACGUUUAUAUAAAUCUACUAUAUCUACCUAUUGCACGAACUUAAUUGUUUAAUCUGUUUAUAAUUGUUAUUCAAAUAAAAAGUGAUUAAUAAAAAUAUUAAGUAUUA